AUGUCCGUUAUCGAGAUCGAAGUGGUCUAUGAUUUUGUUUGCGCGUGGUGCUACAUUGGCAAACGCAAACUCGACCGAGCCAUCGCGCUGUAUCAGAAAACCUACCCUGGCGGUCGAUCUGAUGUUUUCUCGAUCAAAUGGAGCCCGUAUUUCUUGAACUACAACCCUCACCCUCACAGCGUGCCCAAGAGCGACCUGGUGGAUGAACGGCUGAAGGACAUGACUCCGGAGCAGCGAACCGCCUUGUUCAACCGGAUGAACCAAAUUGGACGUGCGGUGGGCAUCUACUUCAAGGCUGGGGGGAUGAUCGGGAGCACCCGUGAUGCCCAUCGCCUGGUCCACCUGAGCCGGACCAAGCCCGCAGACGUUCAAAAUUGCCUGGUCGAGAACAUUCUCCGGGCCUACCACGAAAUGGAGAUGGAUAUCUCAUCAAAGGACGUACUUCUGGAGCUCGCCUUGAGCGCGGGACUCGACAAGGCCGAAGUGACUGAAUGGCUCGAAUCCGACUUGGCCGGGGAUAUCGUCGACGAAGCGUCUCAAAGAAACAGGCAGCCGGGCAACACCGGAGUUCCACGGUAUAUCAUUCAGGGAGUGCAUUGCGUGGAUGGUGCAGAGGAUCCGUCGGAGUUCAUCGAGGUGUUUGCAAAGGUCAAGGAAGGCGAAAAUCAGGCUUAG